AUGCCAAGACGUAAUGCUGAAAAGACAGAGGUUAUUUUAUUUACAUCCCGAUUUACCAAGACACCUAACAUUGAGAAGCUCUUUUUUGACAGUACCGUGAUUGAACUAACUGAGAAAGUCCGUGAUCUUGGUGUUAUUUUAGAUAAAAUCUAACACUGACAUACCACAUUAAUGAGACAUGAAAAGUGCCAUCAGGUCCAUAGGGCGCAUUCGUAAAUACCUCAUUAACGAAAACCUCAAACUGUUAGUCAAUGCUCUUGUAAUAUCACGACUGGACUACUGUAACAGUAUCCUUUAUGGUCUUCCAAAACGAGAACUGGACAAACUUCAAAGA